AUGUCAGGGAAGAAGUUACCAUAUAUUGAGUUCAAGAAUUACCAAGUGUGUCAACAAGCAACGUUCCUUGCACUUCUGACGCAGUAUGCUGAUGUCACCAUCUCUGUGCGGGGGAAGAAGACGGAAAAGCAAAUCUUGGCGUUUUUACAAAUUGGAAAUGUCCGUCUUGGUGAUGGGACGUGUUUUGAUUGUUCCUCGAUUGUGACACAGAAAUGCGAGGAAUUAAAAAUGAGCGAAGUCCAUGAAGGCCUUUCGGAACAAACUGCGGUGCGACGGUAUCACAAAAACAGAAUAGUUGAGACGCUUCACCUUCUUAUUGACACUCUUUUCUUGUUAGGUGUCGAUUUUAAUACAUACACGACAGAUGGGAAAAACGGUGUAGUGAGAGCUGAAACUGUUCGCGAAAUCAUUUUUGAGAAUGUAGUCGUUAAGACGGACGAAGUGACUGAAAUUGGGAAGUUGGUGUAUAACAAUAUCACACAAAGGCUUAAGACUCAAAAUGAAAUCACACUUUUCCAUGGCGACAGGGAAAUGGAGCGAAUUGUACAUCACAUUGCGGCGCAUUCGAAUGCCGUUUGUAAUUAA